AUGCCGUAUAGGAUCCUCGUAUACACACCUCAGAUACUAGAGAAUUAUCAACUCAAGUCUGGUGAAGGACUGAGCGUCCUCUUUGUUCUUAUAUGGCUCGCCGGGGACCUCUGUAAUUUGUUUGGAGCCGUCAUUGCAGGCCUCAUACCUACCGUUAUCAUACUGGCAAUCUACUAUACACUCUGUGACAUGAUUCUCCUCUUUCAGAUUUAUUACUAUCGCCAAUUCCAUCAUCAGAAACCGACUGUAUCAGAACAGGGCCACUCUCAAAAUGCAAAUAUAAUGGGUGCAGUUACGCCUCCAGUGGCGUCAGAGGAGACACCCCUCUUGCCAGAACAGCCCGCAAAGACUUCAACCCACACUACGGCAGAUCUCGGCAGUUCCGGCUACUUUCUUUCUCCAUGGCUCUAUAGGACCAUUCAAUAUGUUGGAGGGCUCGCGUUUGUGACGCUCGCUGGACUUGCAGCAUGGUGGAUCACAGGCCGUCGGGCCGCUGGAGACUCUGGAGACGAAGGGAACGUCGAAGUGUUUGAUUGGGCGAGUCAGGUACUUGGAUGGGCCAGUGCGAUUAUGUACAUUGGAUCUCGUAUCCCACAAAUUGCCAAGAACAGGGAGACAAAGUGUGAGGGUCUUUCACUCGCCCUCUUCCUCUUCGCGAUCCUCGGUAAUGUGACAUAUGUUCUUUCCAUUUGCGUGAUCUCGAUGGAGAAGGACCAUCUUAUUCUUUCGGCCCCCUGGCUAGCAGGAUCAGCUCUUACGGUGUUGCUAGACUUUUUCGUCUUGGGCCAAUUCUUCUACUAUCGAUCAGAGGAAGGCCCGCUUCAUCUCACCGAGGACGCAACAUGA